AUGUGGUUACCUUGCACUCAACAGGAGAAGUGGUUUGUUGCAGGGAACGUACAUGUCCACCUGGACAUUAUGCUGAACCAUGUAGCCCUGACAACCCCGAGACCAGUAUAUGUCAUCUCUGUUCCCCAGGGACAUUUCAACCCAGACCCAACCUGCUUGGUACCAAAUGCAUCCAAAAAAUAUCAUGCGAUGGCUCAUGUACAAAAUAUAAGCAUCAAGGGACUUCGACAGAGGACGCAGAGUGCGAGUGUAAGCAAGGAUGCUAUUGGGAUGAAGACUCUUCUUCUUGUAAAAAGAAUAAACUGUGCCCGCCAGGGUAUGAAAUUGAUGAUCAAGGCGGGUGCACGGAAUGCAAUCAUGGGACUUUCUCCGACACAAACGACAAUUUGGAAAAAUGUCGUCCUCACACCAAAUGUGAAAAUUUCAACCGUUGUGUCCGAAUUCCUGGAAAUACCACAGACGAUAAUGUGUGUUGUGAUCAGCAACAAGCGGAUAUUAACAUGAAGGGCAUUGUGUCUGUCAGCCCAUUAGAGAAU